AUGGCUCGUCGCGUUCGCGACCCCAGCCCGUCGCCUUCGCUCCGCCCGUCGCCUUCACUCCCCCCCCUCCCCCCCCCUCUUCCGUUGCCUUCAUUUCCCCCUCCCCUCGCCUUCACUUCCCCCUCCCGUCGCCUUCAUUUCCCCCUCCCGUCGCCUUCAUUUCCCCCUCCCGUCGCCUUCAUAUCCCCCUCCCGUCGCCCUCACUUCCUCUCCCGUUGCCUUUAUUUCCCCCUUCCGUCGCCUUCACUUCCCCCUCUCGUCGCCUUCAUUUCCCCCUCCCGUCGCCUUCAUUUCCCCCUCUCGUCGCCUUCAUUUCCCCCUCCCGUCGCCCUCAUAUCCCCCUCUCGUCGCCCUCACUUCCUCUCCCGUUGCCUUUAUUUCCCCCUCCCGUCGCCUUCACUUCCCCCUCCCGUCGCCUUCAUUUCCCCCUCCCGUCGCCUUCAUUUCCCCCUAUAUCCCCCUCCCGUCGCCCUCACUUCCUCUCCCGUUGCCUUUAUUUCCCCCUCCCGUCGCCUUCACUUCCCCCUCUCGUCGCCUUCAUUUCCCCCUCCCGUCGCCUUCAUUUCCCCCUCCCGUCGCCUUCACUUCCCCCUCUCGUCGCCUUCAUUUCCCCCUCCCAUCGCCUUCAUUUCCCCCUCUCGUCGCCUUCAUUUCCCCCUCCCGUCGCCCUCAUAUCCCCCUCUCGUCGCCCUCACUUCCUCUCCCGUUGCCUUUAUUUCCCCCUCCCGUCGCCUUCACUUCCCCCUCCCGUCGCCUUCAUUUCCCCCUAUAUCCCCCUCCCGUCGCCCUCACUUCCUCUCCCGUUGCCUUUAUUUCCCCCUCCCGUCGCCUUCACUUCCCCCUCUCGUCGCCUUCAUUUCCUCCUCCCGUCGCCUUCAUUUCCCCCUCCCGUCGCCUUCACUUCCCCCUCUCGUCGCCUUCAUUUCCCCCUCCCAUCGCCUUCAUUUCCCCCUCUCGUCGCCUUCAUUUCCCCCUCCCGUCGCCCUCAUAUCACCCUCCCGUCGCCCUCACUUCCUCUCCCGUUGCCUUUAUUUCCCCCUCCCGUCGCCUUCACUUCUCCCCUCCGAUGCCUUUGAUUCCCCCUCCCGUCGCCUUCCACGCCUGCCGCACUCGCUUUCCCGCCCAUCACACUCGCUUCCCCACCCGUCACCUUCACUUCCCCUCCCAUUGCCUUUCACUCUCUCCUGCUCCCUCUCUUUCCCCCUGCUCACUCUCUCCCCACCCCACUCACUCUCUUUCCCCCUGCUCACUCGCUUCCCCCCGCCUCAUUCUCUUUCCCUCUGCUCACUCCUCUUGUUCUCACCCCGCAUUCCCCAUUUCUCACCCAUUUUCCCCCUUCACGCUCUCUUUCUCUCUCUCCCCCCGUCGCCCUCCCUUCCACUCAUUGUUGCCCUUGCCAUCCCUCCCUUCUCCCUUCCCAUCUCGCACACUUGUCACGCCCCCUUUCCAACCUGCACAUACACCCUUCCCUUCUUCCCUGUUUCCCCGUAUCCCCUGCGCUGCUUCCUCCUCCGACUUGCUCCCCCCAUCCCCUUCCCUGCUUCCCCCUUCCCCUCCCCUGCCUCCCCCCAUCCCCUUCCCUGCUUCCCCCCAUCCCCUUCCCUGCUCCCCCCCAUCCCCAUCCCUCCUUCCCCCCAUCUCCUUCCCUGCUUCCCCCAUCGCCUUCCCUCCUUCCGCCUGUGCCCUCCCCUGCCUCCCCCCAUCCGCUUCCCUGCUUCCCCCCUUUCCCUUCACUGCUCCCCCUCAUCCCCUUCCGUGCUUCUCCCCAUCUCCUUCCCUGCUUCCCCCCAUCCCCUUCCCUCCUUCCCCCCAUCCCCUUCCCUGCUCCCCCUCAUCCCCAUCCCUGCUUCCCCCCAUCGCUUCCCCCCAUCCCCUUCCCUGCUUCCCCCCAUCGCUUCCCCCCAUCCCCUUCCCUGCUUCCCCCCAUCUCCUUCCCUGCUUCCCCCCAUCCCCUUCCCUCCUUCCCCCCAUCCCCUUCCCUGCUCCCCCUCAUCCCCAUCCCUGCUUCCCCCCAUCGCUUCCCCCCAUCCCCUUCCCUGCUUCCCCCCAUCCCCUUCCCUCCUUCCCCCCAUCCCCUUCCCUGCUCCCCCUCAUCCCCUUCCCUGCUUCCCCCCAUCUCCUUCCCUGCUCACCCUUGCUCCCUCUUUUUUUGUGUCGAAAUGCAGCUUCUUCUCCUCACCUCUGCUCAUUCCGUUCACUGUCUUUCCCACUUCACUCACCCCCAUAUCCCCCAAUGCAGGUACAGGUGCCCAGCACCAGAUGUGGCUUUACCACGGCCCGGUUUUUUUGCUUGCAGUGUAG